CCCGCGGUGUCAGUGGGCAGCCAAGAGGAGGAGGGAGGCGAGCGAGCCGAACCCGACCGCGACCGGCGUGGAGAGAGAAAGAGGAGCAGCGGCCAGCCAAGGGUAGGGGGAGGGAGAGGGAGAGAUCAACCAGGCGAGGGAGGAGGGCUCGUCGGCGAUGGCGUCCGGGUGGGGCAUCAACGGGAACAAGGGCCGCUGCUACGACUUCUGGCUGGAGUUCAGCGAGUGCAUGAGCCGCUGCCGCCAGCCCUCCGACUGCGGCCUCCUCCGCGAGGACUACAUCGAGUGCCUCCACCACUCCAAGGAGUUCCAGCGCAGGAACAGGAUCUACAAGGAGGAGCAACGUCAGAUCAGAGCUGCUGCGCGCAAGGCCAAGGAGGAAGCUGAGGGAGCCCCUGCAGUUGCAGCUCACCAUUAGUCUGCCUGUCAAUUUUUCUGCGUGUUGUUGUUUUCUGUCAACUUGGUUCGGCUAUGAUGCUAAGAGCAAAGCAAUAAUCCUCCAUCUUUCUGUUGGACUACACAGAAUUUUUUUUUCCUCCCUGACUUGUUCUAUAUCAAGACUUCAGUAAAACAGUCAUGGUCAUGAAGUUUGCUUGUUUGGGAUAUUGGGCGAUGAUGAUGUUUGAUUCAAGCGUCAUACAUUUGCACGUGCACAGCGAUCUCUGAUGUCUCUUUAUUUUUCCUGUGGCAUUGGAAGAGGAACAUUGGAACAUUGUGCUUUUACUGGAUUUGAUAGUUGAUCUUGGUGGGAUGGUU